UCCUUUCGGUCCCAGUCUUCCGCUCGCCAUCGUAGCUCCUCAGCCCCACCCCUCCAUGCAGCCCCCACCCACGGCCCGCCUUCCGGACGGCGCGAGGGGGCGGGGGCGGGGCCGGCCUCACCCGGAAUGAAAACAAACGGCGGCCUCUGCGGCAUCCGGGCACUCGGCAGGUCGCGGCUGGCUCGGCAGUGGCGCAGCUUUACUUUCAAGGAUGGCACAGAAGAAAUAUCUUCAAGCAAAACUGACCCAAUUUCUAAGGGAAGACAGAAUUCAGCUUUGGAAACCUCCAUAUACUGAUGAAAAUAAAGAAGUUGGUUUGGCCUUGAAGGACCUUGCUAAGAAGUACUCUGCCCGGCUAGAGUGCUGUGAAAAUGAAGUGGAAGACAUAAUAGAAGAAAUCCGAUGCAAAGCAAUUGAGCGCGGCACAGGAAAUGAGCACUACCGUACAACCGGUAUUGCCACAAUUGAGGUGUUUCUGCCUCCAAGACUCCGGAAGGAUAAGAAAAGCCUGUUGGAGACCCACUUGCAUGUCACUGGUAGAGACCUGAGGUCUAAAAUAGCUGAAACUUUUGGAUUCCAAGAAAAUUACAUCAAGAUUGUAAUAAAUAAGAAACAGCUUCAACUAGGGAAAAGCCUUGAAGAACAAGGAGUCACUCACAAUGUAAAGGCUAUGGUGUUAGAGCUGAAACAGUCUGAAGAGGAUGUGAGGAAAAACUUACAGAUAGAGGAAGAGGAACAGAACGAGGCUGAGCUGAAGGAGAAGCGCAUUCAGAGGACCAAAAGGGGACUGGAGAUCCUGGCGGAGAGAGCGGAGAUGGUAGAUCCGGAAACGAUGCCUUACUUAGACAUUGCAAACCAGACAGGCAGGUCAAUCAAAAUUCCCCCUGCCGAAAGAAAAGCCCUUAUGUUAGCUAUGGGAUAUCAUGAGAAGGGCAGAGCUUUCUUGAAAAGAAAAGAGUAUGGAAUAGCCUUGCCAUGCCUUCUGGAUGCUGACAGAUACUUCUGUGAGUGCAAAGAGCUGCUGGACACUGUGGACAACUAUGCGGUUCUCCAGCUGGACAUCGUGUGGUGCUACUUCCGCCUGGAGCAACUGGAAUGCCUUGAUGAUGCAGAGAAAAAGCUGAACUUGGCACAGAAGUGCUUUAAAAACUGUUACGGAGAGAAUCACCAGAGACUGGUCCACAUAAAAGGAAAUUGUGGGAAAGAGAAGGUGUUGUUUUUAAGACUCUACUUGCUUCAGGGGAUUCGACACUAUCACAGUGGAAAUGGAGAGGAGGCUCGGGAGUAUCUCAACAAGGCACGUCAGCUCUUCAAAGAGCUGUACAUUGAUCCGUCAAAAGUUCACAACUUGUUGCAGUUGGGGUUCACUGCCCAGGAAGCCCGGCUCGGCCUGAGGGCCUGUGAUGGAAACGUGGACCAUGCAGCCACUCACAUUUCCAACCGUAGAGAGGAACUGGCCCAAAUAAGGAAGGAAGAGAAAGAGAAGAGGAGACGCCGCCUGGAAAAUAUCAACUCUCUGAGAGGAAUGGGGUACUCCACACGUGCUGCCAAACAGGCCCUUCACCAGGCCAGAGGCAACCUGGACGAUGCCCUGAAGAUUCUCCUCAGUAACCCCCUUUUGUGGUGGUUACAAGACUCAGAUCCUGAAAACAGCCGUCAAGCAAGUCCUUCCCAGGAAAGCAUCGACCAGCUGGUGUACAUGGGUUUCGACACAGCAGUAGCUGAAGCUGCGCUAAGGGUGUUUGGAGGCAAUGUCCAGCUGGCAGCUCAGACCCUUGCGCAUCAUGGAGGAAGCCUCCCUCCCGACCUGCAGUUCUCGGGAGAGGACUCUUCCUCCUCCUCUUCCUCCUCCUCCACACCGUCCACAUCCCCAUCUGACUCUGCAGGAACCUCUAGCGCCUCUACAGAUGAAGACAUGGAGACAGAGGCUGUCAAUGAAAUCCUGGAGGAUAUUCCGGAGCAUGAGGAGGACUACCUGGACUCCACUCUGGAAGAUGAAGAAGUCAUUAUUGCUGAGUACCUGUCCUACGUAGAAAGUAUAAAGUCUGCCGCAAAGAACAACUGAACAGAAAUAAGUGCUACAUUUCUGCCUAUAAAUUCUGUCGUUGUGAAUGGCUGAAUACAGCUCUUUGUGUUCCUCUUGCUUUUCAACGGUUUUGCUCCAAGUAGGCUUCCUCCUCAGGUUCAGGGACCCAGCAUAGUGAAGAGACUGUUGGUCAGAGGACAGUCCAGGAGAGGGAAUUCCCGGCCUAGCUCUGCUCUUCCCUUCCUCCUCCAGGUCUGCAUCCCCGACUCUGCCACUUCGUUGGUUCCAUCCACAACUGAAAAGCAGGCUCCCUAGAGGCAGGGUGUGCUCCCUGGGAAGGUCUGUAGAGGGACAGGGCGUCUGUCUCCUGUCUUCUCAGCUAGCCCUCCUGUGCACUUUUCCCCUACUAUCCUGCUGCUGAAACUGCCCUCCUCCACCACCACCUCUGCUGUGCAAGCUUACCUCAGCCCUCGCUUGCCUGCCUCACCCCACAGAGUUAUAGGCUGCAGUUGCCAUACCAAAUGGUGGCAGAUACUUAGAUCUUAAAAUGUCAGUGUUUUGUGCUUAGAUCAGUAAAUCUGUACUUAAAAUUCAAGGUUGCAAAUCAGAGUUUAUAUGGAUUCUAAAUUCCUCAUACAAAGUAAAAAUCUUUUAUUAAAUGGAAAAGUUUUAAAAGCUAACCAAAGCAAGUUAUUUUUAAUUAUCUCUACACUGCUGUCAGAGAAAGCUCACUGACAGCUGAGAGACUGCUGAGGUUGAAAUGUGCUUUCUCUCCUUGGGUUUUGUGUAGCCGGGUCACAGAAGACUAUUCCUGAAGGGGCCUGACAGCCUUUGGUCGGUUCAUCCUGAGUGUGGACCAGACAGAUAGCCUUCUGGCACCCUGGGCAUGGUAGAGUCAGAUGGGGCAUGGGCCAAGUGCCACUGUUCCUGAGAGCCUUUCAUUUCACCUGAAGCGUUGGCAGCAGACGAGACUGGACAAGCGUAAUUGUCUCUUGCUUUCUUUCUAAUCACAUAUAUUUAUUUGUGUGGGGUAUGGGGCAAGCAUGCCAUUGCACAAGUCUGGGCAUUCAGAAGACAACAUGUGGAAAUUGGUUCUCUCUUUCCACCGGGGACUGAACUCAGGUUGUGAGGCUUGGUGGCAAGUUUCCCUCCUUGAGUCAUCUUGCUGGCUCCCUUGCUAUUCUUUGAAAGUGGUUGAUGCUGAUGAAAAUAAAUUGAAUGCAACUGAA